AUGGAAACAUACGAAUCAUUGCUUCUCGAUACUAAUCCUAAUACUUUAGAAAAACAAGAACAAGUGGCGACCAUAGUUCAAAAGAAACAGGAAAUUUUGGAAUCAAAGCAAUGGAGCAUCAAGAUCUCCGGAAAGUCACUCAAAGUCAAGGAUCAGGUAAAAAGAAUUAUGGAGGCUUUUAAGAAGGUCAAAGAAUUCGGGGCAGCUCUUGCGAGUAUUGAUCCAAUACAUGCCGGUUUUCCUUGGGAUGGUGUAUCCCUUUUGCUUAGUGUAAUCCGGCAGUUUAUCAACAUUUAUGACAGCAAAUUUCAUCUUCGGUGCUGCAUUCUAAGCUUGCAGCAUGCAGGACCUGAGCUUUCAGGUGUUUAUGUUACAAAUACGGAUAUAUUUAUGCUUGCUUCAAAUGAUUUCGAACAAAAUGAAGCACUUCUCGAGGGACUAGAAAAGCUAUCAGAUAUCAUAGCUCGAUACACCGAAGUAGAGAGUGUUUAUUUGAACACUGCCGUCGCAGGAGAUCUCGAUAUACAACUUGAAUUGAGGGUCAUCAAGCUUUAUACUUGUAUUCUCAAGUUUCAAGCGACAGCAGCAUGCUACCUUUCUUAUUCUACGCUUGAAAGGUUAAUGCGCAAUUUACCCAAGUUGGAUGAUUGGAGUAAACUUUUGACCGAAGUCACUUCGGAAGACGAAAAUUGCUACAGAUGGGGCAGUCUCCAGGAUUCGAGAGUAUUACGAAAGUUGUAUGAGCAUAUAAAUCCUCUCGUCUCCAUUCAACCCUUGACAAUACUUCCCUCUUACUUCGAGGUUCCUACAGGUCGCAAGAUCCCUCAUUUGAUAGGCCGAGGAGAGAUGUCAGCAAGGAUUGACUCUGCGCAUUCGAGAAGCUCUUCUUCAAAGGCAGGGAUCGUUGUUUUGCGCGGCCUAGGAGGACAAGGCAAGACACAAAUCGCGCUCGAAUACUGCCAUAUCUCGAGAAACAAAUUCAAGGCCGUGUUCUGGGUCGAUGCGAGCUCUGAGAGUUCGGUUAUCCGGAGUUUUGAAACAAUCUAUGCUAGGAUCAAGGGGCCUGGAAAUGACUGUGGUAGUGGUGACACGAAACUAGAUUUCGUCAAAAAUGCCAUUCGCACGUGGAAUUUCAGGUGGCUAAUUACUUUUGACAAUUACGAUACGCCUGAUACAUUGUCUCUUGAAGACUACAUACCGCACAGUGUCCACGGAUCAGUUUUGGUGACUACACGGCACAAGGAUGUCGACGCGCUAGUGGAAGACACCGCCGCAGCCAUUGAGCUGUUGGGUCUGCCCGACAAAGAAGCUCUGCAGCUCUUGUAUCAACAGAGCGGCACAGAAGAAAAUGAAGCCAACAAAAUAAAUGGACUGAAUAUUGUGAAGAGGCUUGGAUAUCAUGCGUUCGCUGUUACUCAAGCUGCGACAUAUAUCAAAAAUUUGAAGCUUGAUUUUUCAAGCUUUGUAUCUCAUUACUCUCGACGCCGGGAAGAAAUUUUGAAGUACAAAAUCCCUAUGAACAAAUAUACCAAGCUUUUGAGCGAAUUCGAAAAAGAAACGGCCUUCAAUGUGUUUACCACCUGGGAGCUGUCCUUUGACGAACUCAAAGCUCAACAUGAUUCGACAGAUCUCGACCAACUCCUGACAAUUCUCGCAUUCUUUGACCCUCUUGAUAUCUCCGAGGAGCUUUUCUCUACAUAUAUGAGAGAAGCGGGUGUAUGGGAUAGAGAUGCAUUUGCCGAUGCAUUGCAAAUUUUAGAGAGCCUGUCUCUCAUACAAAGCUUUUAUGCUUCUACCAAUGGCGAAUACCAUAUAUCUCUUCAUCCUCUGGUAAAGGAUUGGAUUCGCCUUCGAACCGAAGACACACUUUGUGAAGAGUACACCGUCUUGGUAGCUGAAAUGAUUGCUGGUCAGGUGAUGAUAAAUUUCCCGGUUAUGGAUUUCUUUCACGCCAAUGCACAUGAAGAGAACAUCGGAUAUGUUACUACACCAAAUGCCGUUGAAGGUUCCUAUGAUGAGUUCUCGAACAAGCGAUCUAUGUAUGAAAGUUUUUAUUCAAGUGAAUGGUUAAUGUGCACAGGUCUUGAUUUCAUGGGUUAUUAUGAGAAAGCCAAAAGUUCGUUGGCUUUCAAGGAGAAAAUGCAAGAUAUGUUGAGCAGGCGAGGUAUGAAAGAAGAAGCACUGUCAACCAGUACACAGCUUUAUAAAUUACACUCGAGAAUGUAUGGAGAAGAACAUGAGCAAACACUUCAAAGUAAGGGCAUACUUAGCCGACGGCUUAAAGAAAUUGGCGAACGUGUGAAACUCUCAGGAGAAGCCCAUGCUACGACUUUGAAAAGCAAGAUUAAGUUAGCAGAACUUUUGGAAAAAACGACCCAGACGGAAGAAGCAAAUAAGCUCUGUACAGAAAUCUUAAGUUUCAUGAACAGCUGGACUAUUCUCAACGGCGACCCCAUCGAAUUGACAUUCGACCUGGAAUCCACACUUCGAAAUCUCCAUAGAUGUGACGAUUGUCUGGCUUUGAUUCGAUAUAAAUUGAAGCUGGUAGAGCAAUACCAUAGCAGGGAUCCUUUCCGCCUCAUUUUUGCAACGCUUCCGGUUGCCACAGCUUUUCAGAACUUGAAUAGAUUCGAUGAGGCUGAACAAGUUUUCAAAAGACUUUGGCUGCUGUGUGCACAACUUCUGAAGAGCGAUCAUCGGACUCUACUCGGUGUACAGCUAGAAUAUGCCAAGAUGUUGAGGUAUCUUGGAAAAAGGGAGAAAGCAGAGGAACUGGCCAGAGAUGCACUGCAAAGGUUGAAAGAAUCGCGUGGGGAGGAAAGCAUAGAGUUUCGGAAGUUGAACGAGGCCUCGAGCUUGAGCUGGCUACACCAAACUAGUGAAAUUUUACAAGACUUGGAUGCUUAUUAUGAGCAGGUUCUUAGGAGCACCGAUGAUGCUACGGAUGAGGAGAGCUCCAACAUGCAAGUCAUGGAUAUUUAUUCUACAUGCCAAGUUAUUGAUGCCAAAAAAGUUCCCGGCUUUUUCUCUCGCUAUCCCGCUGCUAUAAGUGUGGGUGCUACGGAUGUUGAAUGUGCUCUGUCGGCGGUUGCUCAAGAGGCUUCCCGGCCUGGCUCGAGAGAGAGACGUCGCGCGCUCAUCCGGCACUCCAAUGCCCAUGGAGAUCCAUUCUCGAUAUGUCAUUGCUCUGCCGAAGUCGAAAGACUGGUUUUGCUUGCUAGUAUAAUCGAGGUGAUGUGGAUACAUGAUGAUGUAACAGAAGAACUAGAUCAUGGCGCGGCAUGUAGAGAACAUAGUGCGCUUGCCGAAGUACUGAAAAUCGACGUGCAGCCUUCAGAUUUCACUUCAAAGAACGUGCGACAAAGCGCACUAGCGACUGUAUUGCGCAAAGCAAUCGAUUUAGAUCCAGACAAGGCGCCCAGAAUGAUCGAAACCCUGCAGGAUUAUCUUGCGAAUUUCGAUAUUCGAGAUGACGACUUUGAUCGAAUGGAGGAGAUAUCAUCUUACUUCAUUCGCUGGGGAAUGGGAAUUGCGCUUAAUGACGCUGAUUAUGAGUCAAUAAAGCAAUAUGACUUUACAAUGGGAAACAUACUUGGCCUCACAAAUGACUAUUUCAGCUGGAAUGUUGAGAAAAACCAGACUACGGAUCGGAUCAGGAACGGAGUGAGUGUACUAAUCAAACAGCAUAAUAUAUCACCUGAUGCUGCGAAAUCAUUGCUUCUCGGGUUGAUAGUCGAGGAAGAAAGCAAAGCUGCCAGACUCAAGGAAGAGCGCUUGAAGCGAGCGAUUUCUCAUGAGCUCUCUAUGUAUUUUGAGGCUAUUGAGCUCUAUGUUGGUGGAAGUUGCUUUUGGCAUGCGACGGCGCCUCGUUAUCGCGUUUUUGAAUGA